AUGCCAUACCCGGUAGCAUGCAUAUUUUUCCCGGUGAGGUUUGGUCGCGUGCCUAAGCGCGAAAAGGCCAAGAUUUUGGCCGCAAUGCAAAAAGUGAACGCAAACUCUCAGCAAAAAGCUCUGUGUGUGGAACUGGAGGACGACAAUCGUCUGUUGACCACAAUCAUCAAAGCCCACGAAGAGACCUGUGAUUACACCCGCGAUAAGGUCGCGCCGCUCAUCGAGAGGUCGCGCACUCAACCGGUUUACGCUCACUGUCCCCCACAAAUGGCCUGUCCAUUGAAUCCUUUGCCACAACAUGUCAUUGAAAAUGGCGGUACAAAUCGUAUACUCGAAGACUUUAGCGAAAGAUUUUCGCCAGCAAUCAGAGGGGUCGUGGAGUUUGCCAAACGUAUACCGGGCUUCGGUAUGCUAUCACAGGACGACCAGGUGACCCUGCUUAAGGCGGGAGUGUUUGAAGUGCUGUUAGUACGACUGGCCUGUAUGUUUGACUCCCACUCCAAUUCCAUGAUAUGCCUAAACGGUCUGGUUUUGAGACGGGAAGCCCUACACUCUGCGAGUAACGCCCGGUUCCUCUUGGACUCGAUGUUUGAUUUCGCCGAAAGACUCAAUGCUUUGCGAUUAACGGAUCAAGAGAUCGGUCUCUUCUGUGCAGUGGUUGUCAUCGCUGGCGAUUAUGAGCCAUUGAUAGCCCUGUUGGGAAAGUAUCCACUUUCUCAGUGUACACAGAGAGGGAGUAGAGAGUGGAAGUGA